CUCUCUGUCUGUCCGUGUUGAGAGAGCAGUAAGGAAACCCUGAGUGUCCCCGUUUACCUGUCAACACACGGAAUAACGCUACGAGUCCAGCGCUGGAAAUGUUCCUAGUUUCGACCAGCAAACUGCAACAUUUUAUUUAGUCGUCCCAGCCAUGUGUGUGUACGGGACGGCUCGCAGGGGAGAGGGGGAUUUAAAUGUCUCUUUCGUCCCAACAACCCUCUUUAUGAUUUGAACUAAACGGUGCACGGGAGCAGAGUUGCGUUUCGAGUGUUCGGCCGAGCUAAACAGCGAGAGAACAGAAUAUUUCUGCACGACUUUUUUUAUUAUUCUUUUUUUGGGGGGGGGGGGGGAGUGUUUGGUUUUCCUGAAUAGCGGCGGCUGGCCGAGUGAAAAAGCGGCUCACCGAGUCGGGGUGGGGGGGCUUGGCCGCUGGGAUCGCUCCUGCAAAAAUGGAGGCUGUUAUGGAGAAGGAAUGCAGCGCGCUCGGAGGACUCUUCCAAACCCUCAUCGGAGACAUGAAGAGCAGCUACCCUAUUUGGGAGGAUUUUAUCACCAAGGCUGGCAAACUGCAGUCCCAGCUCAGGGCGACGGUGGUUGCUGUGGCGGCGUUCCUGGAUGCCUUUCAGAAAGUGGCGGACCUGGCUACCAACUCACGAGGUGGGACCAAAGACAUUGGAUCCGCAUUGACCAGGAUGUGUAUGAGGCAUCGCAGUAUAGAGGCCAAACUCAAGCACUUCUCCAUGGCCUUCCUGGAGGGUCUGAUCAACCCUCUGCAGGACCAGGUGGAGGAUUGGAAAAGAGGAGUCAACACUUUGGACAAGGACCAUGCUAAAGAGUAUAAAAGAGCCCGGCAGGAAAUUAAGAAGAAGUCCUCAGACACACUGAAACUUCAGAAGAAAGCCAAGAAAGCUGAUAAUCUGGGUCGGGGUGACAUCCAGCCGCAGUUGGACAGCGCCAUGCAGGAUGUCAGUGAUAAAUACAUUCUGCUAGAGGAGACCGAGAAACAGGCCCUGAGGAAGGCUCUCAUAGAGGACAGACAGCGGUUCUGCUGUUUUGUGGCCUUGCUGCGGCCUGUAGUGGAUGAGGAGAUUUCUAUGUUGGGAGAGGUCAUCCAUCUCCAGGCCAUCUCUGAUGACCUCAAGGCCCUGACUUCUGACCCACACACGCUUCCCGCUGCUAGCGAACAGGUGAUCUUGGACCUUAAAGGCUCAGACUAUGGUUGGUCAUAUCAAACACCACCGUCGUCCCCCAGCACCACCAUGUCCCGGAAGUCGAGCAUGUGCAGUAGUCUGAACAGCGUUAACAGUAGUGACUCCAGGGGAUCCAGUGGCUCUCACUCUCAUUCUCCUUCCUCCUCUUCUUCCUCCUCUUCCUCACACCACCUCUUCCACCACCAUCACCCCCGCCAACGGUACCGCAGCUCCACGCUACCCCAGCAGGCCCCGGCCCGGCUCUCGAGCAUCUCCUCCCACGACUCUGGCUUCAUAUCUUCAUCGCACGACCAAUUCACAUCGUCCAAAUCCUCCUCGCCCAUGGCAGCUGAAACAAAGCCUCAGCCCAGUUCCAGUCCCUCUGAGGUAUCAGAGACUGGGCAGCUGCGCAGUGACUGCAGCGCCCCCUGUCCUCUGGCUGCUGCUGGUGCACCUCGGCACGCUCCUGACCAGUUGUCCAAUGGCUUUGACCACUACAGUCCGGCCAAUUCCCCUUACAUGCACACCAACGGGGGGAGUUUGGGGUCGGGCUCAGGCACUGCCUUUCCCUUCUUCCCUCCUUCCUCGUCAUCCUACAACACCACCGCCACCUCCUCGUGCGCCGCCUCCUCCUCGUGCCCCACUCGUUCAUGGUCACGUCCCGCCUCAGCCUUGCUGCCAGACCAACCUCACGACUGCGCGUUGGGCUCCCCCAUGGUGCCUUCAUCACGAGUGCCCAGCUGGAAGGACUGGGCAAAGCCGGGCCCUUAUGACCAGCCCAUGGUCAACACACUGAGGAGGAAGAAAGGCAAGGAGACCCCAGGUGCAGUGGACAUCAAUGGUAAUGCGAGCCAUGAUAGCAGCCGUUUCUCAGGCGCGGCCUCGAUCCCCACCUCGGCCCCGGCUCUGGCUGCGCUACAAACAUCGGCAUCAGUGGAGGAGAACAACAGAUGUGUGGCUGCCCCUCUCAAGGCCGGUGAUAUUGAGGCCCACGAGGAAUUGACUCUGGCUUUAUCAAGAGGUCUAGAGCUCGACACCCAAAGGUCCAGCAGGGACUCAAUCCAGUGUUCCAGCGGCUACAGCACGCAGACCAACACUCCCUGCUGCUCUGAAGACACAAUACCAUCACAAGUGUCGGACUAUGACUAUUUCUCAAUGGCCGGGGAUCAAGAACCUGAGCAGCAGCAUUCCGACUUCGACAAGUCUUCCACCAUCCCCAGAAACAGUGACAUCAGCCAGUCGUACAGACUUAUGUUCCAGAGCAAACGGCCGGCCUCCACAGCCGGCCUGCCCAGCACCCACACACCUUACCACGGACAAGGGGCCUACCCUGCAGGGCCCUAUCCCCCCACACCCGUCCACACUGGGGCCUACCCUGCAGGGCCCUAUCCCCCCACACCCGUCCACACUGGGGCCUACCCUGCAGGGCCCUAUCCCCCCACACCCGUCCACACUGGGGCUUAUCCUUCAACCCCUACAGGAACAUGUUCAGGCCAAGGAUAUUUCUCUGGAUCCAGCUCCUAUGGUGCCUCUGGCUCGUAUUCCACAGGCCACGGCCCUGUUGUUGUCACGCCUGGGGUUGCCACAAUCCGACGCACGCCCUCCUCAAAACCCUGCGCCCGCCGCUCAGGCUCCGUUGGGGGCACCGGCCCCAUUCCCAUUCGUACGCCCGUCGUCCCAGUAAAACCCCCUACAGUCCCAAAUAUGUUUGGAGCGGUAAAUGGGAGCAGGAGCGGAGAGGAAGCGGGAGGAGGAAGAAGAGACGGAAGCCCAGAUUCUCCAACAUUUGUGGGGAGUGAUGAUAGUGGCACGCUGCCCGUGAUGUCCUGGAGUGGUCAGGCUACAACCAAUCCUCCAACUGCACCUGUGUCCUACCAGCAGAAACUACACAGUGAGCCAAGGCAGGAAGGAGGAGGAGGGGAGGAGGCAGGAGAAGAGUUAGGAGGAAACAUGCUGGUGGCCAUCCGCAAGGGGGUCAAGCUCAAGAGAACCCUCACCAACGACCGCUCCGCCCCACGCAUCCCAUGAUGACGUGACGCCAAAAACAUGUGAACGCGGGCUCUCGCUACGUCGUGUUUGUAAGUGAGGUCAGAGGCUUAAAAAGUGUACAGAAUAAGAGGAGCUGAUUACAGCGGUUCAAUGUGUAGCGUUUCUCAUUCUGUAAAUGUUCCCCUGCUGCAGAAGCCAUCUAUGAUUUGAUAUAAAAACACGCAUUGAUGUGCUAUAGUUCCGCUUCACGUUUUCUGAAUCGGCCCACGAUGCCUCAGAAAUAAUGUAAAGCCAAGUUUAUUUUAAAUAUUGGUUUUGACCUAAUGAUGGAACACAGGCCUACUUAUAGUAAGUCCAUGUAAACUUAGUAAUGAUACCAGUACAAGGGUAAGACCUAAGCUGUCUGACGAUGGCUUUUUGUGAAUAAAUAACCAGAGAAGCACAGAGUAGCAUUGCACCACGGUAUGUUCAGUGUGGUCAGAGUCAGAGGGUUGGACAAUGUCUCCAGUGUAAAAAGACACUGUGUAUAAUCUGAACAAAUGGUGGGAGUAAACGUCCUUCAGCCUCCCGCAGUGACUGAUGACUUGUGGGAAUGUGCCGCGUUGGCUCCGUGUUCAGAUGCUUCACACGGAGCCAACUCGGACCCAGGUGUGAGCACAGAGAGCUCUUCUAGGAGACGACGGUGUGACUUGAGGGUCACAUGGUUGAUGCUGUGACAUUAUCGGCCACUGCAAUUUGCGUCCUGUUUUAGUUGUUUUAGUAUUUACAUGAUCUGUAAAUAAUUUAGCAUGAGUCUGUGGCUGAGGAGUGUGUUGGUGCUUCAUGCUGUUUAUUUUCUUCAGCUCCUUCAAUCAUUAAUUUCACAUCUGUAAACAGGAUAGUUAUUGAUUUCAUAUAAUGAUUAUCACACCGUGUCACCGUUGGGCAGAAAUGUAUUUUGUUGCCAAUAUUCUUUUCCAGAAUGAAUCUCAUUUAAUCAAUAAUAUCUACAUGCCGAUCUUUGUAGAAGCCCUCAGUGGUUCGUGUUUAUAUAUUAGUCCUUUAUAUAUAUAUAUAUUACCCCUUUUUAUAGCAUUUAUUAGUCAUAUUAUUACCACUGUGCAUUGACAACUCAUAACGUCACUUAUGAAUGUCAAAGUACAGAUGUGCCAUGUCAAACCCCCCCCUCCACACACACACACACACAUCCUUUUGACUUAUUCUAUUCUACUUUGCAGCCGUCUACUCCACUUCUAGUAUUAUCAGUUUUUACAGUAGCGUAUCAAGCUGGGUACGUACUUUAUCACAGUAAAAUGAAGUAUGCAUUGUGGGAUCAACGUCCAUCGCCAUAGGUACAGUAAGGUGUGACGUGAGGCCUUUCCACACACUGCAGGGUGAAACCAGUUUGUAUCUCUGAGUCACAGCCGCUGCGUUGGCUUGAAUUUCAGUUUCAGACCACGGCGAAGACGGGAUGUAAGACACUGUAAAUGUUCAGCUCUACAAAUUAGUCCAAGAACUUACUUUUUAACUUUAUUUUCUUCUGCUCAGUCUUAUUUUUAUACGUAUGUAAAAUAUCUGAGUAUAAGAGUUGUUCCCUCUCUCCAUGUAUGUUUCUAACGACGUGUUUGUCUAUGACCGCUGUACCACGAUUCAUUGAAGUCCCGUAUUUCACACAUACGCGGAAUUGCACUCAAUCUUGAUGAUCACAUAAAUGUCGGCGUGUUGCAGAAAUGAACCGUAGCAAAUACAAAGAGUGUUUCUCUGACUUUCAGAAGUCAGAAACAUGAUUUUAGUUUUGGUUUUGAGCUUAAAAUGUUAAAGCCUGCAUCAAUGGUAUGGGUUCACAUCUUUGGGACAAAUUCGCAUAAUGGAGAACCGGUCGUAAACCAGUUACCGUUAAGUCAAGUUCACCAGAGUCAUCAUUUUAUCAUUUGUAGAAAUGAAUAUGUUUCUGUUUAACACCUACUUUGGAGCGACUGAGCUGAGAGGAACUAAUAACAGACCUGAUAUGAAGGUUGCUAGAAGAACAGAUGGUGCCACGCAAAUGUUUAACUGUUACUUGAAGAUGAUUCAUUUUACCCCAGUUAACCUCAGCUCAGAAAUGUGGAAGUGAUUAUCUGGUUAGCAUUAAAUCUUUAUUACGUUUUAAUAAAAAUAAUUCAUGCCGUCCAAAAUGUCUGACCAAAUCAGACCUGAGGUUUCCAAAGACGUCUUAGUAUGAAAAGCAUUGUUCUAAAUUGUAAACAGGUUUUCUUUGUAGUUAAUGUAAUAGGAGAAAUAGCAGCAAACAAUGUGAUGGUAUAAAUUAGAAAGAAAUGAUCUCCGCCUGUAUUAAAAGCCUAGUGUGAACAGGGGGAGGCACCACCAAUCGCUUGCAUUGAACAUAUAGAGGAGAAGAUGAUAUUACUUCCUAGAUGUUUCUGGAAACCCGGCAAUUAGUUCUGGAGAUUCUUGAAGUUAAUGUUUUUGUUUGUUUUAUUUAGUCGUCAAACUUGUCUAAAACGUAUAUUAUCAACUUGUAAGUUCCAUAUUUAAAUUGCUAGCACAAAUAUAUAUUAUAUCAGAGUUACCAAAAGCCAGUAUAUCCUAUGAUCAAGACGUUUAUAGCUUGUGAGAGUUUGAAAGUAAAAUAACACCUGGUUUCUAGUUUAGUUUUUAGAUGACUAUCCCCCAGAGGAGAGUUGACCUCUCUUUCGGUCUCUGUACAGUUCAACCGGCUAUAAUGCAGUUUGUUUCAGAAAGUUAAAGGUUGUUGUUUUUUGUGUAAUGACAGCUUUAGCAAUAUAAUAAAAAUAUAAAUUUUGA